ACUGCUGGUUGGAGCCAUAAGAGAAAGAGAGGAAGAAUUAGCCUGUGUGUUUAUGUGGCUGUGUUCCAGUAAAUAUUUUGAUGCAUCUGCUGUCAGCUCUGGUCUGAGGGAAUCUAUCUAGCAUUUAAAUUUUGAUGGGGAGCUGUUUUGAAUAAUAACAGUGCAGCCAGCUGUGAGUCAGUGCAUGUGUGUUGACUGAAAAAAAAAAAAAUCUCAAAUCUUAAUGCUUGCUGAACGCUGAGCUGCAGUGCUUUGUUUUUACUCUCCUCCUUUCUUUUUUCCUUUCCCCCCCAAUAGAUUGUGGUUCAUUGGGGGGUGGGGGAAGGAACAAAAAAAAACAACCCCUCACAAGUAGCUGUUGCAAUGGGUGCAGUAAUGGGUACAUUCUCUUCUCUACAAACCAGACAAAGAAGACCCUCAAAAGACUUCGCCCGAUGGUCUUACCUGUCUCAGAGAGAUAAAAUUGAAGAUGAAUUAGAAAUGACCACGGUGUGCUAUCGUCCAGAAGGACUGGAACAGCUUGAAGCACAAACCAAUUUCACAAAGAGGGAACUUCAAGUGCUUUACAGAGGAUUUAAAAAUGAAUGUCCUAGUGGGGUUGUUAAUGAAGAGACGUUCAAACAGAUCUAUGCACAGUUUUUUCCACAUGGAGAUGCUAGUAUGUAUGCCCAUUAUCUUUUCAAUGCGUUUGACACUGCACAGACUGGAUCAGUGAAGUUUGAGGGUUUUGUGAUGGCACUAUCAACUUUGUUGAGAGGAACAGUUCAUGAAAAGCUAAGAUGGACAUUUAAUCUUUAUGACAUAAAUAAAGAUGGAUAUAUAAACAAGGAGGAAAUGAUGGAUAUAGUAAAGGCAAUUUAUGAUAUGAUGGGCAAGUACACAUAUCCUGUUCUCAAGCAAGAUGCUCCAAGACUGCACGUAGAAGUUUUCUUCCAGAAAAUGGAUAAAAACAAAGAUGGUGUUGUAACUCUAGAUGAGUUUAUUGAAUCAUGUCAGGAGGAUGACAAUAUUAUGAGAUCCUUACAGCUCUUUGAGAAUGUGAUGUAACAGCAUCUGGAAUGCAGUAUAGGAACCAGAGACUUUGUACGUAAUGAAAACCUUCUUUCUGGACGAAGGCUUUUUACAACUCAGCUAUGUUGCGUGAACAAGGAUUGUGUAAGGCAUCUCCAACCGAGCUUCGUUUCCGAAUGCAACAAACUCCCAUCUCUCCUCCCCAAGAGACACUAACUGGAAGUUAUUUCAUUUUGGAAGCAUGCUAAUAUUUUAAUAAAACCUGAUGAGUGAGACCUGCUGCUUGAAGUUUAAUGAGUAAUAUACAACAUUCUGUUUGCUAGUCACAAAUUCUGCUGCUUUUAAUCUAGCAAAUUUGAUUACAUCUGGUAGCACCAUGUCAAUAGCUUGCUAAGCCAUCUAUUGUGAGUGGAAGCUCAGUCCAUUCCAUCAUAGAACAACGUGUUGUAUAAAUGUCCUCUUUAUUUUGCUUUGGCAGAAACCAAAUGUAGCAAGUCAUCUAUGUUUAGAUUUUGAAAACUAAUACUAGAUUUAUUUACUAUGUUAAAUGGAGGGUCCAGUUCAUUUAAAAACCAUAUAUUCCACUUUACUCAAUAUUCCUGAUUUUUCUGUCACAUACACUGGUGUUACUCCAUUGAAUUUCAUGGAGUUGCUUCUAAUAUACACCAGCCAGAGGACCAUCAAGCCAAUAUACAUUAGAAGAGCAGAUUACACCUUUCCAUAUACAGUUUCUACACUAUAGAAUGAAUCCCACUGAGUAACAUUGAGUUCCUAUAGGACAAGAUGGUUUUAAUGGACUGGAACUGGGGGGGGCAUGCUUUUACCAUUAAAUGCCCAUCAGUGUUCCCAGCUACAAAGUGGGUCUCUAGCAUACAGUAUGCAUCUCCCACCAGAACAGCUUCAAUGGAUCAUGGUCCUUUCUGUAUGGUUUGAAACACCCUUAAUAAAUACAUCAUUUGUAGUUUUACAUUGUUUUAAAGCAAGGUAUUUCCCAAUGUUUGGAUUUAUUUGAACUUUUACAUUUUUCUUCUGAGACCCCUCUCAGCUGUGAAAGUAAGGGAAUACGUUUGGCCAAAUGCAGAGAAGCAAAUUAGAUCUUAGUACUCAGCAGUUCAGAAUAAGGCCCAGAUCAAGUAACUGUCUCCACACAGGUUCACAGAGGGCAUCGGGAAGGCUGAUUGCACUUGUACAGCAGAAAACACUUGUGACAGGCAGGCAGCUAAUGGCAAAGGAACUAAGAAGGAAAAAGAGAACAACCUAACAUAGUCCAGGAUUGCCAUAGGCCUCCCAUAUAGGAAACACCUAUAUUUUUAUUAUAUCAGAGACUAUAUUACAAAUAUACUGCCAGCACUGGAAAUAUAUUUUAAAUAUUAGGUAAGUAGAAACUUUUUAUAAUAUACAAAAUAUAUGGUAUCACUUGUUUCUAUAGCCCUAUAUUUUAUAAAGCCUAUUGAUCCACAGACAUAUUGCUGAUGUAGACAUAGAUCUGAUUGAUAACUGUGCGAUGCUGUGCUUGCACCACCGUUGAGGACACCCCUGUAACAUGUCCUGGCAUACGCUUACACAGGUGCUGUGCUUGACUCAUGUGAGUAGCCCAAUGGAAGUCAGCAGUGCUAUUCAAGUGAGGAAAGUUUUAGUGCAGGCAGGACUGGAGGCUUACUCUGCUUUUCUGGCUACCUCACACCAAACACCACCAAUGAGUUUGUUCCUACGAAAGAUGUAGGACAUAGCAAUUCCCACCAGUGUGCUGUGCUUGCAACGGGGGUGAGAUGCUGUGAGGGUAGCACAGUCCAGUUGUACUAUGUCUCCUUCAUCUAGCUAUUAUCUUGAUGAAUAAGUAUGUAGUAAUCAAAGGUGGAAUAAAUCAGAAAUUGUAUCUUAUUGCCUCUUAGUUUUUCUUGCAAUCCUAGUUUAGUACAGAAGCUUAGAUUUAAUGCAAGGACAAUUUAUUUACACAAAGUGCAACUACAAAUUCUCAGUCUGAAUUAGUAAUUUCAUUUUAAGAGAAAACAGCCAAAUAAAAAUGGAAAAAAGUGACUUAGAGUGACAGACAGUGUCUAUUUUCU